AAGGGGCGGGGUCACAGGAUUUCUUUGAGCGCAAGAACGUUACGGAUCUGUUGGCGGGAAGCUGAAGCAACCGUGAGCGCUUUUAUUCUGACGGUUGAUAAUAAAUAAGAAUACUUGUAAUGUUCCUGGAAGGUUUGCAAAAUCUUCACUGAAGCAAGGUUCCGAUUUCCGAAACAACGUUUGUAAUGGAGGACAAGUUUGUUUCAAAUAUUGAGAGACCAUUGUUCACAGAAGUAGAAAAUGGUUCUAAAAAGCAUUCAUUUAAUACCAACUUUUACCUAAACAAAGUUUGGCUACAAUGUGAAAAUGAAAGCUGCCUCAAAUGGAGGCUUCUAACAAAGAGGGAUGCCAGACAGUUUGAUCUCAGCAAACCAUGGUAUUGCCAUCUAAGUACUGAUCCUUGGUUUAAUGAUUGCUCAGUUCCAGAAGAACAUUUCCCAGAAGAAGCUCAGUUUUAUGAAAAUGGAUUAAAGUUUGUUUAUACUCAAUUUCCAGUUGGAAGUUUAGUAAUGGUGAAGCUGAACCGGUGGCCAAGCUGGCCUGCAAUUAUCACUGUUGAUCCUGUCAAUGGACAAGAAGUGACCUAUUUUAAGUAUUACUAUGUUGAGUUUCUUGGUAAACCACAUACUUCUGGUUUAGUAUCAUUGGAAAGCAUAAGUCCUUAUUCUACUCCAGUUAUGGCAAAAAAAGUGAAGAAAGCAGGGAGAUGGUAUAAAAGUGCAUUAGAAGAAGCAGACAAACUGUAUUCUCUGACAUGCGAACAAAGAACUCAGAUGUGUCAUGUAACACAGGAACACAUAAAAAAGCUAACAAAGCCUAAAAGAAAAUAUGUCCGGAAAAAUGCAGCGAUUGAAAGCAAUGCAAAGAAGAGGCGUUUGAAAGAAAAUACUUUUCAACCAGAUGAACCAAAUGAAGAUGAUUGCCUUUCACAAGAGGACAGUGAGAUGUAUGAAGCUGAAGACAUUCUACCAGACUUUGGAUGGGUUCUGCAGGGAGUAGCCAAUCCUCUUUGUGCAGCUAAAAAGUUACAUGCAGAAAAGGACACGAUACGAAACAACGAUGGCUUAGAAGAUCACACCAGUGAUGAUGACUGUAUUAUUGAUGGUGUGCAAUUUAAGAGUGAAGAAUCCAUUGAAGCAAUAACACAGAAUUUAAAGCAAAUAGAUUGUAUAAUGUCUAAAUUUACUAGUCAAUUUUAAUUAGAAGUAUUGGGCUGUUAAGGAGUAACACAAAGCAAACAUGCUUGAAAUUUUUGUUUUGUUUUGAUUGCUCUAUAUUAAUUUAACAGAUUAGGUUAAAAGGUUGGUUAACUUGUAAAUUUUGGAAUAAUUAGUGAUUAGUGGCAGUGUUUAUUUAAUUAGUGAUUAGUGGCAGUGUUUAUUUUUUCUUGUUUAAUUAGGCUAUUGUGCAUAUGUUUAUACAAUUGAGCUUUUUGCAUUUAUUAAAGAUUAUAAUAAACACUGUUUAAAUUUAA